AUGGCCCAGGAAAGGACAUAGCUGUGGUUUCAUCGAUGGAGGGGGGAAGAAGAACGCUCCAAAAAUUAUCUUAAGGGUGCGCAAUGGUGUGUUCGUGUUUGUGAGCGCUCCCUGUCACAGAUGUCAAUGGAGGAUCAGCACACAGGAUGGAUUUGUGGAAGCAACAAUAUUAUCACAUUGCUCAACUCUGCAGCAGAAAACCAGCUGGGUUCAUAUGAAACCUCUCAGAGAGGCUCAACUGAGAAAAAUGGCUUCUCCAUGAGCUCUGGUGAAAAGAAUGUAACCAACACUUUUUGUUUGCCUGACUGCCAAUGCCAAGAAGGACCGUUGUUGGCAUCCCUUGAUGAUUCAUCCAUCUCACCAUCUGCAGAGUAUGCAUCAUUGCGUAAUGUAUCCAACAUAUUGUCCGCACACACCCUGCCAGAUGUAUGUGAAAAAAAUACGGAGAAUUUGGGGCAUCCAUGCCUUGGCAAGACUUUCACACUGCCUGACAACCGUGAGCUCCCCAAUGAGGGAGACAAUUUGAUGAUGACUACGUCUCCUGUGAUCGGGCCAUUUGAAAAUCAGAGUUGUCUUCAGAUGACUAUUUUAUGCGAAGAAUCACCAGCUCAUAAAUCAUUGGCAAGUGUUAAUUCAGAACCAUCUGUGUAUGUCCAUGGCACUUUCACACAGGAAAAAUGUAUUGACUUUGAACCUGUGGUGUCAACUAUACGGGACAUGGAUCUGACUUCCACACCAGUACUAAACGCUGGAGAAAAAAUGCUUCCUCACUUAAAAUCUUCUCGGACUGAAAAUGCAUGCAGCCCAAUAUUUUUCCCUAAAAAACAACAGAAAACCUCUGCCACUCUAUCUAAAAAUUGUGUAGUGGGACCCUCUCAAUAUGCCCCAAAAAAUAGUAAAAUAGAGAUGAAUUGUUCCAAGUCUGAAUUGAGGAACGCAGUAUCUAAAGUUGUGACAAGAACUGCGAAUGACAAAAUUGUGUCAGCAUCCUCUUCAAAGCAUAAAGAACAACAAACAAAUGCCCAUAGUAAAUGCGUAGAACGUGUUCGAGGAGCUAAAAUGAUUAGUCCAAGUAAAGUAAGGAAUAGCAGUGCUUUUCUGUCUGUGACUAAUAAAAAGGAAAACAAAGCUCAGAGACUGGUAAAUCCAAGUGGUACGCCAUUGGUAUGCAUUUUCACUGCAGGAAUUAAAUCUCCUCUUAUACCACAGUGCAGUAAAACCAGCACAGAGACUGAGCAAACCACUCCAUGCCAAGCAACAGGCUCACCAGCUCAGGGUGCUGGCAACCAAACUUUCUGCUCCUCAUUUCUUGAACCCCCCACUGAUAAGAGUGUCCAAAAAGAUCAGAAACAAACUCCAAAGAAGACUGCAGCAAACAAAAUUGAGGUCAAGUCACUUUCAGUUCUGCGUCAGGGCAAGACACAGCCUCGGUGUUCAACAGAAUGUUUGCUUUCCUCGCCACGGCCACCCAAGGAAAGGAAAACAAUUCCUACUUUUUCAACUGCUGUUAAUAUUCCAAGACAUGAGAAACAAACAAAACUAACAACCACAAAAAACUCUUCCCAGAGUAAACUCUCUUUGGAGAGUGAGGACCCAAGAGAGGUCACUAAGAUCGGCCUAGUGCUGAGAAUCUUAAAACAGUCUUUGCAGGCAGUAUCUGACAAGAAAGGAACAGCCUCUUUGGAAAACUGCAGAACCCCACAACAGACAUUCCCAAACAAACCACAAGGACGAUUUCUUGCUCAAACUUCCGUUGGAAGUCCUAGGACUGCUACUCAGCCCAUCAGGCAGCGACCAAGAAUGAAUUUGGGGGCUGACAACAGGGUGUCGAGAGGUGUUGGAACACCACCUUCUAACCAGAAUGGCACUGCAGCAGGAAGGCAGCGAAAUCGGCCAGCAAGCGAAUCGGCUUUAGCAACAAGUGUCAAGCAACCACAGAAUGUAUCCCAACCUUUUUGGGGCCCUAGAGCUACGCCACCAUCUAAACUACCUCGCAAGAUCCUGGUGUUAUCCAGGAGUGGAAACGGUGGACGCAUUCACAGUGAAGGUGCAGCAAGUACACAAGAUCAGCCAAUCAGGGCUUCACUUAGAGGAGUUGGUGUAGCUGCGCCUAAUCAAACUCCUGUUAAGAAGACAGUUUUAAUCAAAGCAAGAUUCACACCAACCCAAGGAAGAGGGGCUGGAUCAAUUGUACCCACGAGAAGCCCAACAUCUACAAAAACCAACAAAGGAGCUCCUACUCAGGUUUCUUUAAAAAGAACGCAGUCAUCCAGACGUGCUCCUUUAACACCAAUUAAGCCAGUAGACAAGAACAAGCCCAAGACCUCUUCCUGGCAACAACUGCCAUCAUCCCCUUCCAAACAGAAUCAUGGAGCUCCAGAUGUGGUGCCACCCUGUCUCCCUGAGAAUGACAGAAAUGACCAGAGGAUACAAAAUCUUGGAAAACUUCUUGCAGCCUCUAACUGCAGAUUUGAAGCUGUUGCUAUUGUCCUGCAGCAAACACUAGCUGAGCGUGAUGAAGAAGCAGGGCAGUGCAGAGAACUCUCCCAGGAGUUGGUCAACCUACGAGGAGAGCUGGUGAGCUCAGUGAAUUCAUCCCAACGUCUGGAAAAAGAAAAGCAGGACUUGCAAGAUGCUCUGGACAGUGCAAUGCAGAGAAUGCAGGAGCAGUACCAGAAGGACAUGGAAGAGAUGGAGCAGAAACUGCAGCUCUUCUACCAGGCUGAGUUUUACAAGCUUCAGUUCAUCUACCAGAAGGAGGCAGACGAGAGCAAAGCUGUACUACAGAAGCAGAUCGACCAACUCCAAGUUAGUCAGGACACCAUUAAAAUGGAAUUGCAGCACAGCCAUGAAGAACAGAUGCAAUCUGUCCAACAACAACAUGAUCAGUCAAUGGAAGAGCUCAGGAAAAGCUUCACUCAGCAGCUGGAGUCUUCUUAUGAAAGUUUCAAGAAAGCUGAUGACGCACUCAAGGCACAGGUUCAAGUGCUGGCUCAGGAAAAUGCUGACCUGAUGAAGAAACAAAACCUAGCUGAGAGUCCGGUACUGGUCUUUUUUGUUGUACAAGACUCUCAUACUGUGUAUCUGGAGCAGGAGUUGGAAAGCCUGAAGGUCGUACUGGAUAUAAAAAACAAACAAAUCCACGAACAGAAAACGAUGAUGAUAGAAAUUGACAAACUGCUUGAGAAAAAUGUGAAGUUAGAUGAGAGCCUUAAGAAAGUCCAGCAGGAGAAUGAGGACCUUAAGGCUCGCAUGGAAAGAUAUGCUGCUCUCUCAAGGCAGUGGUCUACAGAGAAUACCAUGCUGCAGGAAUCCCUCCAGAAGGAGUCAAAUGUUAACAAGCGUUUGUCAAUGGAGAUUGAAGAGUUGCUUUGGAAACUCCACAACGGCGAAGCGGGAAGUCCCCAGAAGUUGUCUCAUAGCUCCGACACCUGCUCAGUCUUCCCGCUCAACCCCAGAUAACAAUUGCUCCCUGCUUCCAGGAAGCAAACAAAUUUGUCAUUUAAAGUCACCCUGAUGACCCAUAAGCCUAUGGGGGUGAUUGGAUAUGAACGAGACAGAAGACAGACUACAACCGCGGGCAAAAACUAUGAAAUCAACAGUCUCUGAGGAUGUUCAUGCAGUUCUUUGAUUUUGUAGUGAAAAAAUGUAGAACGGACAUGGCACAAAACUAGUAUUAUUACUAGUAUUUCAACUGGCAAUUUUCUGGCUUACAAACUAAAAGAAAUUUAAAAAAAAAAGAUUUCCAUUACAAGGCUCCAGCCUGCAACCAAUCCAAUCUGGCAAAAGCAAUCUAAGGAAGUUGAAGCCAGAUUGAUAAAGAAUGCAGUUUGUCAUUCAUUAAGUCCGUGCCUCUGACUGUGAGCUGUUGCAAAAUCCAUAGGUGGUGCUAAAAAGUACUGGUGUGUUAAGUGUUCUUUUGUUGUUGUUUUUGUUUUUUUGUUUGUUUUUUUUUUUUUUUUUUUUUUUCGGGAUUCGAUUUUUUUUUCGUUCAAAUUAGUCUAAUAAGGUAACUGUUACUAACUACUUUUUUUUCUGGGUUUCUUUUAGUGUUUCUUAAAGCCAGAUAGUUGCCAUUCAAAAUGACUUUAGUUUUUGUCAUGUCUGUGAUGUUUUUUUUCUACAAAAUUGAACUGCAUGAACAUACUCCGCCACAGGUAAUUCAAUCAUUUUUGCCAGGGGUUUGUAAAAAUGAAGCACACAAGCACUUAAAAUGGAAGGUCAUGUUCUUUGGCGUUGUUUAGCAUGAUUAGAGUGGG